AUGCAGAGAAUGGCGGACAAAGAUAUCGGCUGCUCUUACAAAGCGGGCAGCGAGGCUGAGUACCGUUUGGCUCGCUCAGCGAUCCUUUGUUGCGAGGGAAACCUGAUCCACUUGCGGUGUAAAGCGAGAUCCGGCUGCUCGCAGGCCGCGUCCCAGACGAUGCUACGACGAUGCUACGAUGGGAUCGAUGUGGGUGCACAAAAUCGAAAUAUAGAAGCAGAAGGGUCCAAAGGGGUCCAAAGGGGCCCGGUGUGGUAUUGUGUGCGACAGAAGAUUAGUUGUGAACAGAGGCUAUGCCCGUCCAUACUGCUUUCGAGGACGCUGCCGAGCGUGAUGAGAAGGUCCCGCAUGCUGGCUGCGUCAGGCUCCCUAGUGUGUCUCCAUAGCGGGCGCUCUCCUCUCGCGCUACCCUCAGCAGCACAGCACAUUCUCGCGCCGCUGCUGCAAGCCCACCGCCCUGUCCGCACACUCUCAGCACUCCGGGCUCCACUCCACACGCGGCCCUCAGCCUGCCCUGCAUCAGCACGCUCUGGAAGGGAAGCUCAGUGGCACUCAUCCUCAGCAGGCGAGCUCGCAACCUUCUCGGGCACCAGCGGCUACGAAACACACGUCCAAUCAGGUCCAAUCAGGCCUCUACGCGACCACAUGGUCAGACACCAUCUCGUGGAAUCCGAGACACGACGGCCCUCAAACAGAGUACCUGAGCAGUCAUGCGGCUUCGGCACGCUUGCUUCCUUUUGCGCACCCGUUGCCUCGUCUCGGGAAACUUGUGUGCGCGCCCUGGCACCAGGCCAGGAUCCCCGACCACCUGUGGAGGAUUUGCACCGCGGCAACUGGCAACUUCGCUCAGGCCUGAUGCAACAGAUUCUGAGCGCUCGAUCCGUCCCGGGCACUACCAGAGUUGACAGACAUUAG